GAGGACGGCGGCGGUGCGGCGGGCCGCGCGAUCUUAGGGGCAUCCGAGAUGACUCUGGUCCUGUCCAUGAACAGAUUCUGUGAGCCCAUUGCCUCAGAAGGAGCUGCUGAAAUUUCUGGGUACCAAACACUGUGGGAGGCGGAUAGCUGCAGAGGCCCGAGCCCCCCAGGGCUGGCACAAGCUUCUUUGCAGGGAGACCGCGGGGCUGGUCCCCCACUGGCAGGAUCGCAUUACAGGGGAAUUUCAAAUCCUGUAACAACAUCCAAGAUCACAUACUUUAAGAGGAAGUAUGUGGAAGAAGAGGAUUUUCACCCACCACUCAGCAGCUGUAGCCAUAAAACCAUCUCGAUUUUUGAGGAGCGAGCCCACAUCCUUUACAUGUCCUUGGAGAAGCUGAAGUUCAUCGAUGACCCCGAGGUAUACCUGCGGAGGUCUGUUCUCAUCAACAACCUCAUGAAGAGGGUCCACGGGGAGAUCCUCACGCAGAACAGCUGGUGCCUGCCGGCCUGCUCCUUCUCUGGCACCUCGGCCCAGGAGUGGUUUAUGGCUCAGGACUGCCCUUACCGGAAACGACCUCGGGUGGCCAGAGAGGAGUGUGAGAAGUUUCACGCCUGCUGCCUUUACCAAGAGUGUGGUGGCCACCACCUGAAUUUCCCCCUUUCUGUCAGCACCAGUGUUGGAAGUGCCUCGGCCACCUCCACCUCCUCCUCCUCCUCUUCCCCUCUGCCAUUGCCCGGUUGUUCCCACCAGGUGGGUUUCCCUGAAGGCAGCACACCUCUUUACAAGAGUGAUGGCCAAAUGCCUGCCAAUGAAAUCUUUGUCACUAGUGUCCGGUCCCUUGAUGUCCAGGAAAAGGCCAAAUUCAGUGAUGAGAAAUCCAGUAAUGAGACCAGCAGGGAGGGUGGCCCCCUCAGCCAUGAACCUGUGGGAAAUGACCUGGAUUUUGAGUGCAAAGGCCAAUUUUAUGAUUAUUUUGAGACUGGAUACAAUGAAAAAAACAUGAGUGAGUCCUGGAAAAGGUCUCUGAGGAGAAAGGAGCCUUCACCGAGUGCCAGACUGUGCUGCGCCAAAGGGAGCAAGAUGUGAUGUCCACCCGCCCGUGCGGGAAACUCACAGCAUGAUCAGCUAGCACCCAUAAAUUUUAUUUUGAAUGGAUUUUAUAGUUUUGUACAACUGAUAAGAUUAUGCCAUGAACAUGCAGUGUCGUGUUAAUGCCCAGAGAGCAGAUUGCAUACAACAUCUGUACAGUAGGCAUCAGCAAGCUACUUUUAAAUGUGGUGAUUUUGCCAAGAAAACAGUCAGCUUUUUGCUUAAAAGUAUAUCUUAGUUUUCCUACAAAAAAAAAAAAAAAAGAGAUAAGUAGAUUAGAGGGUGGGUGUGGAGACGAUGUGAUCUUGUGAAAUUUUCAUUGCCCCUCCAAGGAGUCUGCCACCAACCAAGAAAGUUCAACACAUUUGCCAAUGAAUCGGGCAGUCAUUCGGCAAGCAAAUCCAGAUAGCCAGCAGAGGAUGUCUGCCCCUUCAGUAAGACAUAUUGUGUUUUCUGAAUGAAAGACUGAAGACAGGAAACUAGAUAAAUGGCUCCAUGGAACUGUUAAGAGGUUGCACUGAAUGGGAUGUAGGGUGGUGAGACAGGACUGUCUGGGCAGCGAUCUACAAUCUGUGGAGACUGUGUUCCCUGCAAGUUCCUGGCUUGCCCAUGAUGGGUGAUGAGGUUACUAGGGAGGUAGGUGGUACACAGGGCGAAUUUUGGUGCCUUACUUUGUCUUAAUUUUUGCCAAUGUGAAAAUUAAGGAUAAAUCAGAGUUAUAGCAGGGAUUUAACAAACAGGAAAAGAAACACAGGGUGGAUCCAUAUGGUUUGGAGACUGUUAACUUUGAACUGUUGCGUUCAACUUUUGAUUCAACACCUAUUCUAGCUUUGUUUUUUGAUGCCCAGUUGCUUUGGGUCUGAUGUGUUGGGAGGGUGGAGGAGCCACGAUGAGGGCUGCAGAGCUUCUCUGUGGUGUGGUGGGGGUGCAUCAGGAGGGUGGGGCUUUCUGGGCUCUGGGUUGUUUUGUUUUCUUGUCCAAUGAAGUUCAAGAACCCGUGGCAUGCGUUAUAUUUUGACCAGUUUUGCAUCAUUUCACUUGUUUAGAUUAUAAAAGCAUGUGGUUUUUUAUAUAUGACUUUUGCUGUUGAUUAGGAAGCACAAUGUUAAUAAAUGAUGUGGUGAUCGAUAAGGUUUAUCUUGAAGAAUGUAAAGAUUUUAGGUUUUGGGAAGUUAUUUUGGAGAAAUGGGACUUGGUCUGUCAUCGCUACUGUGUAUUUGGCCAACAUUUUUGUCCACAAUAUCUUGAAUUUGGACAUUUUUCAAGAGUGUUAACGGUGGUGCCCUGUCCACUCCAGCCAGCUCUGCCUACAAAACAGUAUUCCCAUGGCCAAGGUCACGGACUGGCUUGGUUAACUCGGGCCUUUUUUAAAACAAUUCUUCACAGGAACCAAAUGCCAAAUGGAGGAAAUAGGUAAGUUCUCCCGGUUUCUCCAAGAUAAGGCUUUUUAAUUAUUGCUAUUAAUAUUAAAUAUAGGUCUCCUUCAUACAGUGUAUGAGUAGGGUCGGCGGGGCAGUUGUCCACAAGGACCGGUUUUUAAAUCAUGGUCUUGUGUCAUGGCUAAAUAGUCCAGUAAUGUUUCGUCCUUUGUUUUCAAUAUUUGAUAAACAUUUGAUGUUGAAAAGUUUAGAUGAUAGAUGCUUGUUCAUGAAUGUGUUGUAAUAAAGUGAGUUUUCUUGAUAUAUAUUUAUUAAAAUGAUAAAAAUUCAUUACA